AAUGGCGGCGGCCCUGACCCGUGAGGGCGGGGAGGAUGCGUUCCGCCGGCUCUUUCGGUUCUAUCGGCAGCGCGACGCGUCCGACCUGCGGGGUGUGGUGGACUUCUCCGCGCCGGGGGGGGCAGCCGGGCCGGGCCCGGGGCCCCAAAGCCGGGUGUUCAGAUCACAGCUCAGUAUUUCUUCAGUCAGUGAUCAAGAUGCCUACAGAGCAGGAUUACAGCCAAUUAGCCAGUGGAAAGCCUACGGUCUCACUGGUUAUCCAGGGUUUAUUUUCAUACCAAACCCUUUCCUCCCGGGCUGCCAGCGUCACUGGGUGAAGCAGUGUCUCAAGGUAUACCCUGAAAAACCCAAUGUCUGCAACCUGGACCUGCACAUGGCUCCUGAGAAGACCACUGACCUGUGGGGACAGAGUAAGGAGCAGCUGAGAAGGAAAGGUUCCAGUAAAUGGGAGCCCAGGAGCCUAUUGGAGAAGCUGCGCUGGGUGACCCUUGGUUACCAUUAUAACUGGGAGACUAAGAAGUACUCAGCAAAUCACCACACUCCUUUCCCCUCAGACCUUGCAUUCCUAUCAGAACAAGUGGCUGCAGCCUGUGGGUUUCGGGGUUUCCAAGCCCAAGCAGGGAUCUUGAACUACUAUCAUUUUGACUCCUCACUGGGAAUUCAUGCGGAUGAGUCUGAACUAGACCAUUCUCGGCCCCUGUUAUCAUUCAGUUUUGGGCAAUCCUCCAUAUUUUUGCUUGGGGGCCUGAAGCGGGAGGAGGCCCCAACAGCAAUGUUCAUGCACAGCGGAGACAUCAUGGUGAUGUCUGGCUUCAGCCGCCUGCUGUACCAUGCUGUCCCCCGGGUCCUCCCCAACCCUGAGGGGACAGCUCUGCCUUCGUGCCUCGACCAAGCUCCUUCAGACCUUCCUGUUGGCUCAGUCAUUGAGCACAGCUCUGAUGAGGAUUGGCAGGUGUGUGCCAAGUACCUGCAGUCCUCCCGCAUCAACAUGACUAUUCGACAGGUGUUGGCUGAGGGUCAGAAAUUUCCAGAGGAAUCUGGGACAAAUGGAAAGGGCCAAGCACCCUCUGAAGACAGUUACCAUGAGAACAGCAAAGCCAAAAGGCAUAAACCAAACACACUCAGCUGAGACCAGGCAAUCAUACUGACAUGGACCAGACAGGCAAUCUCCAUAUGGAAUUAGGAACCGGUGUCAUACUGGAAGUCACUUAUCUGUAUGGUGGUUAAUAAACUUGUGCAGA